AUGGACUCCGGCCUGAGUGUUGCCUCGCCUGAGGGCUCGCGCCAGCAAUCCGCACAGAACCCCGCCCCCGACGCGAAGAGCGGCCCCGCUAGAGCCCGCGCCAGGAACAAGCGCAAGGAUGUCCACGACGACCAAGUCAAGCGCCGCUGCUGCGACGGCAACACCCCCGCCUGCGCCGCCUGCGCCUCCGUCUACAACACCGAGUGCGUCUACGACCCCGGCUCCGACCACCGCCGCAAGGGCGUCUACAAGAAGGACAUCGACCAGCUGAAGACCAAGAACUCCACUCUCGAGACCUUGAUCCAUGCCCUCCUCAACUGGCCCGAAGAUGACGUCCCCGGCCUGGUCAGCCAGAUACGCACUUGCGAGAGCCUCGACACUGUCGCCGAGAACAUCCUUCUCAAAGAGCAGGGCAUGGAUGAGGAUACAGACGACAUCCCACUUUUCCCGGACCAGGCCCCCCAGGGCGUGCCCACCUUCGAGACGCAGUUGUCGGGCAAGAUGGGCCAGCUGCGGCUGGAAGACGGCUCGCAGCGCUAUAUCGGAGGCACCUCCAACUUGAUCCACCUGGGCCAAGGUGGUGACAGCGACAAUGAUUUCGUGGCUGUCGCCGAGCAGGAUCAGUACGCUCGGCUGGAAGACCCCAUCACGUCCUGGACGAGCGUAACCCAGGAUCCGGAGCUGAUCACCCACCUGAUCAACAUGUACUUUGUCUGGCACUAUGCAUUCUUCACGACCUUGCCCAAGAACCUGUUCUACCGCGACUUCUUGCUUGGGAACCCACCGGGCGAGAAUGGACGGAAAUACUGCACCCCCUUGCUGGUCAACACAAUGCUGGCUCUAGGUUGCCACUUCACUUCGUUCCCGGGCGCUCGUGCCAAUCGUGAAGAUUCGACCACUGCCGGCGACCACUUCUUCAAGGAGGCAAAACGUCUGAUAAUGGAAAACGACGAGCAUGAGAAGCCGAGGAUGGCCACUGUCCAAGCUCUGGCGCUCAUGUCAGUGCGCGAAGCUGGCUGCGGACGUGAAGCGAAGGGCUGGGUUUACAGUGGCAUGAGCUUCCGCAUGGCCUGCGACUUGGGCCUGAAUCUCGAUUCUGGAGGCCUCUCGUCGGGUCAAGGCACCCUGGACGAAGACGAGGAAGAUGCGCGCCGCAUCACCUUCUGGGGGUGCUUUCUCUUUGACAAGUGCUGGUCAAACUACCUGGGACGAUUGCCCCAACUUCCUACCAAUAUCAUCACUGUUCCAAGAUUCGAAGUGUUUCCGAACGAAGACGCCGAAACGUGGUGUGCAUAUAGCGAUUCCGGUUUCAGCCAGGCCAACGCCCAACCUGCACGCACGCGUGCAGUCGCUUGGCAGAUCUCCCAGCUGUGUGAGAUCAGCAAUGAUCUCAUGAACUCUUUCUACAACCCCAUUGACAUGGAUAAGUCGAAGGGAAAACAGCUAGAACUCAAGAAACUGAGCGAGCUCCACCAGCGACUGGAGGCUUGGAGGAAAGAUCUCCCCAAAGAGUUCGAGCCGCGAGAAGGUGGUUUGCCGUCUAUGCUUGUUAUGCACAUGUUCUUCCAGCUCCUCUAUAUUCAUCUUUUCCGACCUUUCCUCAAAUAUAAUCAAACAACCUCGCCGUUACCACCUAACGUGUCGCCGAGGAAGCUGUGUACUCAAGCGGCACAGUCAAUAUCAAAGCUCCUGAGGCUAUACAAACGAUCGCACGGAUUACGGCAAAUAUGCAAUGUUGCUGUCUAUAUUGCUCACUCUGCUUGCACCAUCCACCUCCUGAACAUUCCAGACAAGAAUGCCCGGAGAGACAUCAUUCACGGCGUCAAGCACUUGGAAGAAAUCGCCGAGGGCUGGCUCUGCGCCCGCCGCACAUUGAGCAUUCUCUCCAUCCUCGCCCGCAAAUGGCGUGUCGAGCUCCCCGAGGAAGCCGUCGCUGUCCUAGCCCGCACCGACGCGAAAUUCGGUACCUAUCAUGGCGACACCCUCUCCCCGAAAGGCACGGCUGCGCUACCGCAGGCGGCAUGCCCCCAACCAGGCUCUCUUCCUCCUCUCGUUCAAUCAUACGGCUACACCACCGCCCUUCCAGCCAGCACAGCAUCCACCGUUUCCGCAAACGCCGCCAGCUACGCCGCCGCGACAAUUGUCCGUCGCGGAUCCGACAACCGCUCGCGGACCGGACCGCCACAAACAGCCGCGGACAUCCAGUACCCGCGGGUCCACCGGCAGGGCUCGCAGCAGCAAGCUACCGACCCAACCACUCCCGCCAAUACGUCAGGCUCCACGAACGUCUCUCUAGGAGGUUCGCCAUCAGAUCUUUUCGGGGGCGUGGACGCAUUGCUGCGAGAGAACCAGGACAACUGGUGGCUGCGUGACCAGAGCCAAUUGGCAGUCGGGUUCGACAACUGGGGCAUGAACGCUGAGGAGAUGGCGUAUCUCAACCGCAGCCCAAUUGCUGCUGCCACUGCUUCUAACGGCGUAGGGCAAUCGCUGCAGCAGCAACAGUUGCCUAUUUCAUUGGCGGCGGCGGCGGAGGACAUAGCUAAAACAUCGUACGCAAACGGCGUUGCGGGUAGUGGAGUAAAUAGGAACGGCAUCGGUGCCACGGUUAUGAAUGGUGGGUACGGGGCGAUGAACCUGUAUAAUGAGGAUGAGUGGUAUCAAUAA